UGUCAGGAAACACUUCCGUGAACCUGCCCUUCCCGCUCGACCCGCUGGCCUGCCGGCCCCCAAGCGCCUCUCCAACGGAGUCUCCCAGCCUCUUCACCGUGGCUGCCCCCACCCCAGGAGCGCCUUCUCCUCCCGCCACGCUGGCGCACCUUCUUCCAGCCAGGGCCAUGUACAGCCUGUUGGAGACUGAACUCAAGAAUCCGGUGGAGCCUGCCACCCCGGCGGCGGGCGCAGGCGGCUCGGCAGCUCCGGGCGGCGCUGGCAAGAGUGGCGCGAACGCAGGCAGCGGCAGCGGCGGUGGAGCGAGCGGCGGUGGCGGCGGCAGCGACCAGGAUCUAGUGAAACGGCCCAUGAACGCCUUCAUGGUGUGGUCCCGCGGGCAGUGGCGCAAGACGGCCCUGGAGAACCCCAAGAUGCACAACUCCGAGAUCAGCAAGCGCUUGGGCGCCGACUGGAAACUGCUAACUGACGCCGAGAUGCGGCCGUACAUCGACGAGGCCAAGAGGCCGCGCGCCGUGCACAUGAAGGAGUACCCGGACUACAAGUACCGGCCCCGCCGCAAGACCAAGACGCUGCUCAAGAAGGACAAGUACUCGCUGCCCGGGGGCCUGCUACCCCCCGGCGCUGCUGCCGCUGCCGCCGCCGCCGCCGCCGCCAGCAGCCCAGUGGGCGUGGGCCAGCGCCUGGAUACGUACGCGCACGUGAACGCUUGGGCCAACGGCGCGUAGUCGCUGGUGCAAGAGCCGCUGGGCUAUGCGCAGCCCCCGGGCAUGAGUAGCCUGCCGCCGCCGCCGCCCGCGCUACCGCAGAUGCACAGCUACGACAUGACCAGUCUGCAGUACAGCCCCAUGAUGCCACCCGGCGCCCAGAGCUAUAUGAACGCCGCCGCCACGGCCGCCGCCGCCUCGGGCUACGGGGGCAUGGCUCUGGGCCCCAUGGGCUUGGUGGUCAAGUCGGAGCCCAGCUCGCCGCCGCCCGCCAUGGCGUCGCACUCGCAGCGCGCGUGCCUGGGCGAUCUGCGCUACAUGAUCAGCAUGUACCUGCCACCCUGUGGGGACGCGGCCGACGCCGCCUCGCCACUGCCCGGCGGCCGCCUGCACGGCGUGCACCAGCACUACCAGAGCGCGGGGACUGCCGUCAACGGUAUAGUGCCGCUGACCUACAUCUGAGCGCCGGGCCGCGCACUGCGCCUCCGCGCCCCCACCCCGCACCGCACCGCACCCCCGAGCUGGGACGCCUUGUGUUUAGCUUCAUUUGCCUGGGACUGUUGCCUUGUUCCGAGAGCGGGGAGGGCCGAAAGUUUUGGCUGUAGCUGUCGAGGUUUGGGAUGGAAGCAUAAAAGAAGUCAGGAGCUACGGAAAUGGAACUUUCUCGAGCGGGCCUGCCCCUCCCUCCCCCGUUUUGUAGGCUGGGAAUCGCUGUGCUGUUUGCAAAGAAAAAGCAAACUCCCUCCUCCUCCUUUUCUUCCUCCUCCUCCUCC